AUGGAUCUCAUCCCAAACUUGGCCAUGGAAACCUGGCUUCUCCUGGCUGUCAGCCUGAUACUCCUCUAUCUAUAUGGAACCCAUUCACAUGGACUUUUUAAGAAACUUGGAAUUCCAGGGCCCACACCUCUGCCUUUUUUGGGAAAUGUUUGGUCCUUCCGUAAGGGCUUUUGGACAUUUGACAUGGAAUGCUAUAAAAAGUACAGAAAAGUCUGGGGUUUUUAUGAUGGUCUACAGCCUGUGCUGGCUAUCACAGAUCCCGACAUGAUCAAAACAGUGCUAGUGAAAGAAUGUUAUUCUGUCUUCACAAACCGGAGGAUUUGUGCAAUGGCCAGCACGAUCAAGAUGCAGACCCGUUCCAUCUCCAUAUGGCUCCCUGCUGCUAUCCUACAGUCACAAGUCUUUUUCUCUGAGAGGGUCUUUAUCAGAGCUUUUCUUAAUCAAACAUUUUUUGAGGAUGCUAAUGUAUUAAUUUUUAUCUAUGGAUUGCACUUUUGGUGUCAAGUCUGAAAGUUCUUUGCCUAGCCCUCCUUCCUAUAUUGCCAAUUUUUCUAAAAGUCAUAAAGUUUAAUGCUCUACUAAAUGUAACUCUAUUAUCUAUUUUGUGUUAUUUUUUGUAUAAGGUAUGAGAUUUAGAUCAAUGUUCAUUUUUUGUGGCUUAUGGCUGUCCAAUUUUUCCAAAGCCAUUUUUGGAAAGGUGGGCAUAUUGUUAAAAAUCAAUUGGGCAUAUUUCUUUGCAUAUCUCAUUUGCUAUUCUGUCCCAUUGAUCACUGUGUUUAUUCCUCCACCAAUAACAAACUGGUGACUCUAAUAGCUGUACGGUAACUCUUAACAUCAUGUAGAGUGAUUCUUCCCACUUUUAUGGACUUAUUUUUUCAGAUUUGUUUUAGCUCUUCCUGGUCCUCUGCUUUUCCAUAAAAAUUCAGAAUGAGUUUCUCAGUGUCUACAAAUAAACAUGCUGUUACUUUGACAAGAAUCAAAUGUAUAGAUCAAUUUAGGGAAAGUCUUUAUCUUUACUAUGUUUGGUCUUUCAAUUCAUGAACAUAGUAUGCCUCUCCAUUUCCUUAGAUUUUCUCUGAUUGCUUUUAACAAUUUGUAGUUUUCAGCAUAGAGAUCCUGUAUAUGUUUUGUUGGAUUUACAGCUAAAGUAUUUCAUUUUUGUUGGAGUGACUGUAAAUGAUAUUAUGUUUUUCUUGUAUUUUCAGAUAUUGAUUGUUGGUACAUAGAAACGUGCUUGGUUUUUGUUUGUUGAUCUUGUAUCAUAGAACCUUGCAGAACUGACUUAGUAUUUCUAGAAGUCUUUUUGUAUAUUCCUUGAGAUUUUAUACCUUGACAAUUAUGUCACUUGAAAAAUAGAGACAAUUCUUUUAUUUCCUUUCCAAUCUGUAUGCCUUUUUAAUUCUUUUACCUUGUCUAUUGCACUAGGACUUCCAGUAUAAUGUCAAGUAAAUGUGGUGAAUUUUUGAAUUGUUCCUAAUAUCAGGAGGGAGGCAUUCAGUCUUUCAUCAGUAAGGAUGAUUUAGAUGAAGUGGGGUUUUUUUGUAGAGUCUCUUUAUCAAAUUGAGGAACUUUCUCUCCCUAGUUUGCUGA